AAACAGCUCUUACCUGACAACUGUAGAGACAUGAAGAUUUGCCUCUUGAUAUCAUGUCAUCCAAGAAUACCUCACUGAAGUGGUUCCUGCCAUCAGUCAUGCCUAUACUGAUUGUGUUUCUCAUUCUUAUACCAGCUCCAUGCAGUGCCAUCAUGGUGAACUGCUCUCAGCCAAACCAACCAGCUCUGCUGGAAGCCCUGAAUCCAGUCUUUAACCUGAGCGCAAUACGACCUGUCAUGAACAUGACAACCUACACCAAUGUCAGCACAUUCUUUACCUUGUAUGGAAUACUGGGAGUGAAUGAAAAGGCUCAAAACUUGAUGACUUACAUUUGGCUAGAAUUUUGGUGGAGGAACGAGUUUACCAUUUGGGACCCAGUCCAGUGCGGCACUGACAAGAUUUCUCUCCCCAGAGACAAGUUUUGGGUGCCAGAUAUUGUAAUUAAUGAAUUUAUUGAGAAGAACACAGCCCCCUAUGUCCCGUAUCUGUAUUUAUUUAGCAAUGGAAGAAUGCACGAUGCUCAACCAGUCAAAGUUGUCAGCUCCUGUAACCUUGAUAUCUACACCUUCCCCUUCGACAUACAGAACUGCACUCUUACUUUCAACUCCUACAUCCACUCGGCAAAGGAUAUAAAGAUAUUCCUAGGGAAGCCUGCUGAUAAAAUCACAGAAGUCUCAAAGAUGAUGAUGACAACUAUGGGGGAGUGGGAGCUGCUGGAUAUCACCGCCCACAAAUACAGCACACACAUUGAGAAUGAGGAUUCCUCCAUUGAUGAGCUUUCAUUUCAUAUCAGAGUCAGGCGCCGGGCCACCCUCUAUGUGCUGAACCUGCUGAUCCCCAGCUCCUUCCUCAUCACAGUGGACCUCUUCAGCUUCCUGCUGCCUCCCCAGAGUGUGGAUCGAUCCUCCUUUAAGAUGACCCUCAUCCUGGGCUACACCGUCUUCCUGCUCAUUAUGAACGACAUGCUGCCAAUCACUGGAAACACUAUACCUCUCAUAAAUGUGUUCCUGUCUCUGUGCCUGGCUCUGAUGGUGGCCAGUCUACUGGAGACUAUCGUCAUCACCAACCUGCUGUGUGGCUCUGCUAAUCUCUCUCCCGUCCCUCACUGGAUCCAAGUGCUCGUUCUGCAGAUUCUGGGCUGUCUUGUUUUCUUGCCUCGGAAGACUAAAGAACAAGGAGAUGCAGACAUAAAACCCAGCACUGUGGUAGCACAUUGUAAAGCUGAUGAGGGUCCUCCAGAGGAGAGCGUGCCAGUGGUGGAGGACAAGGCCCUGGAUGAGCUGAGGAGCCUGGGCAGGGACCUCCGGACCAUCCGCCUACAGGUGGAGCAGCAGUUGAGCGGGAGCCAGAGCUCAGAGGAGUGGAUUCAGGUGGGUUUCAUCAUAGACCGCUUGCUCUUCGGCCUCUACAUCCUCUUCAUAUCAGUCAGCUUCAUUACCAUCAUCAUUAUUUGGGUGAACUCAUAUAAUGCAUCAUGAUUUUACUUUUGAGUUUGUUUUUUCCCAUAGUCUGGGAUGUGUGAAUUAUUAUUUGUUGUCAAUAAUUAUUGAGCAUAGAAGAUUGAUUUAAGUUUUGUUAUUUGCAAGUAGACAUCACAACUCACCAGUGGAUUAUAUCCUCUUUUCACUACUCAUUUUAAUGUGUUACUGUGCUUCCUAU